GCCACUAGCUGGAACUUGACGUAGAUAGCACUCAAUUGAAGGCAAAAUGACCAUACAGUCUCCACUUGGGACACCAUUUCAUGCGUCACCAUCAACCAUUUUAUGCGCUGCCUGCAUAUUGGGCUCUAAUCCUUUGAUAUGGACAUCGUGGCGGAGAACGCAAGGUCCGGUACGGAGACGCUUUUAUACCAAGUGUUGACGGGCCAAGAUUCUCCCAAUCAUCCCAUCCAUUCACGAUGUCCGCGCGAGUUUCAUCAACAAUCACCAUUCCAAUUCCACAUCCAGGAGAACCCAGUUCCAUCUCCGGUAUUUUGGAACAGUUGGACUCGUCAGGAAAGCCGCUGCAUGGAAGGAAACUCGCAUUGAUUCUUCAUGGCAUGUUCGGCCACAAGGAUUAUCUCUUUCUGAAACGACUCGCUCUGACGCUCCCCAUGGACUCGUUUCGCUUUGAUUUCCGAGGGCGCUUCGAAUCACCUGGCAUACGGCGACUACGUAAGUUGGAAGAGGACGCUCAAGACCUCCGUGUCGUCGCAGAAUACCUCAAGUCCCACUUCGGGUACGAGAUUGAUUUGGUGAUUGGCCACUUGCGCGGUGCAAUACUCGCUGUCCAGUGGCUAUGUACGACAGAAUGUGGAAAAAAUGUUUCAGGAUUCGUGAAUGUAUCCGGGAUUCUUCGUAUGCAGGAUGCCUAUGGCCUCGACGAAGGCGAAUGGAUGAAAAACAUCUCCACUCAAGGGUAUCACCUCGUGAACCUCAAGUCCUUCAAAGCAAAGGUGUAUCGUGAAGACUUUGAUAACUACGCCAACUUUGACCUCUCCAUGUCAAUGGUCCAGGAUAAAUUUCCCCGGGCUACUGACGUUCUGACUAUUCAUGGACUUGCGGACAAGACCUCAGCGGUGUACAAUGCGUUGUUAUAUGCGAAAACGCUGAGCAAGCGAAACCCCGGGACGCAUUCCUUACAUCUUAUGGAACAUGCAGAUCACUUUUAUACCGGGCGACAUACGGAGGUUGUACAGACCAUCUUGGAUUGGUGGGAUGCUCACUUAAAAGGAACGCUCCAGACGGGAAUUUGGGCAGGAGCGGAAUCUGGAGAUACGUCGUGUAAGUUAUGAUAAGGGACAUUUAGUAACAGCCGCAGAUAGAUACUGUUGAAAAACGUUCGGGAUUCUUUAUCACGGUUUUUAGAGCAUGGAAUGUCUUGUGGACGACUGAAAGAGC